AGCACGAUCUUCGGAGUUGUCAGGCGGAAUGGCGUCUGGUUCAGGGAUUCGCCGCAUAGGACAGUCGCUCUUAGCAGCGUCUCCCUCUUCAUUCGUACGCUCUUUUUACCAUGACUUGCCACGCGAUCCUGGCUUGGUCAUAGCGUCGAUCCGAGCACACUACGUGCAACAACACACCUCUUCCUGCAGCCGUGGCUUCCCGACCUCACCACUUCCCCACAAGACGCAAUCGCAGCAGCAGCCGGCGCAGCAGCCGUUUCUGUCACAAUCACUACCAUAUCCCCAUUUUUCGUCCCGGUUCAUUUCCGUGUCGAGGACCCGUCAUAAUCACUCGCAUUUACAGUCACGUCGCCGAUCAGAAAUCUCUCGAUCUCAUCCCAAACUCGCCCACGCAACGAUCCACGGUCUAGAUCUCUCCUCCUCAUCGCCAGCCGUCGUUCCCUCCCGCUCUCUCAACAUCUUCACCGUUUUCCGGAAAGAGUCGCGGGAGAAGGAGAUCGAGCGCCUGAAGGACGAGUUAAACCGCGGAUACUUCGACGAUUUCAAGGAGCUCAAGGAAACUGCCGGGAAAGUGGGCCCGUCGCCUACCUCCUCGCCGCUUCCAGCCGCCGGAGCCGCGGAGUUUCCGCGAAUUACGGGAACCACGUCAUCCAACACGCUGGUGGAGCUGCCUCUCGAGCUGCAGGGUGACACGUGUCGAGUGGUUCUAGUCUGCGUGGCGUUCCGUGCAAACGCUCAGGGCAUGGUGGAGUCAUGGCUGAAGCCCUUCCUCCAGCACACUUCUCCCAGUUCUCCCUCUGUUCACCCCGCCUCCACUUCACCCACUUCCACACUCCCGUCCACUUCCAAAGUCCCUUCCACUUCCACAGUCCCUUCCACCACAUCCUCCUCCUCUCCAGCCUCGGACAGACCUCACUCUUUCCUCCGGCCUCUGUGUGUGCUGUGCCAAAUCUCCUGGGUGGAGUCAUGGCUGCUGUCCGUGCGUCCCGUUCGAUCCUGGCUGCUCAGCAGCCUGCGCGGGGCUGAAGCCAAGCAGCAGGCACGCUUGACCGAUGCUGCUGGUGAUUCGGAGGGCGUUGAUGGUGUGUUGACUGACGGUGUACGCGUUUGGUGACACGUGGGAGUUCAGAAAGAGACUGGGCAUUGUCAACAGACUCACAGGGUAUGCAUUCCUCGUGGAUGGCAAGGGCCGUGUCCGUUGGCGUGCAUCCGGAACAGCCUCUGAUGAGGAGGUCCCUUCCAUGAUUUCUGCUGUCCAUAAACUUCUUGCAGAAGCUAAUGUACGGCAGACCUAAGUGCUGUUGCAGCAGGAAUUCAGGAUGGUCAAGUGCAGGACUAAUGUGUGCUGGAUUCUGAUUGGUAUUUAUUUAUGUAGCAUGUUGUCAUGUCAGGAUGGCCGAGUUGGUCUAAGGCGCCAGUUUCAGGUACUGGUCCGAAAGGGCAUGGGUUCGAAUCCCAUUCCUGACAGCUUUCCGGUAACAUUUUUGCGCGGCAGUCACAAUUGCUUUUGCACCUGUUUGCUUGUCCGCCAGUGGUCACCACGGGCAUGACCUCGAAGCUGAAACCCUAAUUUCUUGAUGCCAUUGCCAUUGAUAGGCAAGGUUGUUCGUUUAGGGUUGUGUCUGCCUGGUUGAAUCAAAUAGUGAAUUGUUACGAGGCUUCACGUUAGACCUCAAUUUUGUGGAGAAA